AUGUUGCAGCUCUUUUUUACUACUGGAAGGGUGUCCUUUUGCUUCCACAACAUGUCUCACAGCAUGUCUCACCAGUCUUUCAAACAAUCAACAAAGUCAGUCCAGUAUGGCAGUCAUGGAGGAGGACAUGCAGGCAGUCAAGCUGGAGGUGCCUAUCACUGUGGUGUAGGGGCUGGUGCUGGCUUUGGUAGUGAUGUAGGCUUUGGUGGUGGAGCUGGUUAUGGGGCUGGCUUCGGUGCUGGUGGCUUUGAGGGUGGUUUUGGUGGUGGUUAUGGUGGUGGUUAUGGUGGUGGCUUUGGUGCAGGUGGUGGCUUUGGUGCAGGUGGUGGCUUUGGUGCAGGUGGUGGCUUUGGUGCAGGUGGUGGCCAUGGUGGUGCCUCAGGUGGACUGCAGAUUGUCAGUGAGAAGGAAACCAUGCAGAAUCUUAAUGAUCGCUUGGCCUCCUACCUGGACAAAGUCAAUGCACUGGAGGCAGCCAAUACCGAGCUUGAACGUAAAAUUAAGGAAUGGUAUGACAAACAAAAGCCCGGAACCACAACUGGAGAAGGGGCAAAGGACUACUCCAAAUAUUACAAAGACAUUGAUGAUCUUAUAGCUAAGAUCAUCGCAGCAUGCAAAGACAAUGCAACCCUUGUAUUACAGUGUGACAAUGCUAGGCUGGCUGCUGAUGACUUCAAGCAGAAGUACGAGACUGAGUUGCACCUUCGCCAGACAGUUGAGGCUGAUAUCAAUGGUCUGCGUAGAGUCAAGGAUGAUCUUGACCUUGCCAAAACUGAUCUGGAAUCCCAGCUCCAGGGUCUCAAUGAAGAACUGGCUUCUCUCAAGAAGAAUCAUGAAGAUGAGAUUAAAGGUGUUCAGGUAGCCGCAGCCGGUACAGUUAGUGUGGAAAUGCAUGCAGCUCCAGGUACCGACCUGACCAAGAUCCUGAAUGAUAUGAGAGCUCAGUAUGAAGACUUAGCCAAGAAAAACAGGGCAGAAGUAGAGAAAAAAUUCAUCUCUGCAGCAGUUGAAAUAAAAGAAAAAUUAAAGGAAGACGUCAAAGAAGAUACCACAAUUAAGACACAAAUUUCAGAACUUAAGAAAACACUCCAGGCUCUGGAAAUUGAGCUUCAAUCACAACUUUCCAUGAAAAAAUCUCUGGAAUUGCAAUUAGCCGAGACCGAGGGAAGAUUCUGCAUGAAACUGUCCAGAAUACAGGAGACCAUUGUUAGUUUAGAGCAGCGGCUGGAACAGCUCAGAGCCGAGUCCGAGUGCCAGAAAGACGAGUACGAUCAGCUCUUGGAAAUGAAGACCAAGUUGGAGGCUGAGAUCAAAACCUAUCAGUCCCUCCUGGAUAAACUAGGGGCCAUACAAGUCACCCCAGGACAAGGACAGGGACCAGGUCAAGGACAGGGACCAGACAAAGUUCCUCAGAAGCCUUAAAGGCGGAAAACCAAAUCUGAACAAAUGUUGAUCUGAACAAAGGUGGAAGUGGAAGAAAAAAAGAAGUCAAAAUUCCCAACUUAAAUGCUGUUUAAGCAACAUCUACAUUACUAAUGCAAGAUAGAUAGCGGUUUGGUUCAUAUGUUCUUACUUAUUUGUGGGACUGGGGAGUGAGUACCUGGAUUAACCUGGUGAAGACGUUUAUCGUUUAAUUCAUGCUGUUUCAUGUUGUUUUCUUUCCUAUGCAUAGUUUCUGCAAUAAACUCUUUUCUGAUGCAAGUUA